AUGUUUCGGCAAGCUUACGGCAACGAUGCAGUGGAUCGUAUGCAAUGCUUCGAGUGGCACGGACGCUUCAAAAGCGAAAGAAUGUACCUGGAAGACGAUAUGCGAUCUAAAAGAUCUGCCACGAGCGCCACCCCUGGAGAGAGAAUUCAUCAGCUUGUACAUGGAGAUCGUCGGAUGACAAUCAACGACAUAGCUGAUGUUGUUGCUCUGUUGGAUGGGUUCGUGCAGGCAAUACUAACGUCUGUGUUGAACAUGCAGCGUGUCUCUGCCAAGUUUGUCCGUCGCCUGCUGACCACUGAGUCGAAAGAACAUCGCAUCGAAGUCUGUCAAGAUCUCCGUCAGCGUGCCGCUGAUGACCUAUCCUUCAUGUCGAAGAUCCUCACCUGUUACGAGAGUUGGGUCUACGGGUACGACCCUGGGACGAAGCAGCAGUCCUCACUAUAG